UUGUGAUAAUGGUAGACGUGUGACCUUCGCGUAGUAAUUGUAGUUCUCUAUAUUCGCGCGAAACUUUAUCAUAUUGUUUUCUUUUACUAUUUUAGAACUGUGCAGAAUAUAAGUUAUUAGUUAUUUGUUUUGGACAAAAUCUUUCAUUUUGGAAUCCAUGUUUAAUACGAUACAAGAAUGCCAUCUAUAACGAAUUCCACGCUUUCUGAUGCCUGGUGAUGAUCGACAGUCAAGCGUGACCUGAACAAGCAAGAUGCCUCUGGCGAUGAAGUAUAUUCGUCACGUGACGAUUGGAUUUGUGAUACUAUCAUGGAUAUCCACACCGUUCAGUAUGGCUAAGAAGAAAUACACGUGCCCCAUUGGCUUUUCCAUCGCCUACACGAGAGAAAAGGGGCACCCAAUCUGCUACAGAUUAAAAGGACCAGAAUCAUUCAGCGAUAAAUACACAGACUGCGUGGGGAAUUUAUACACAUCGAAACUGUAUUUGGACUUAAAUUUCACAUCCCCAAACAUGGUUCUAUGGACUGAAUUCAGAUCGUUAUACCCUGGUGGUACAUUCGUGGAUUGGUCCUUCACGAAAUCCAUGGGUACAGAGCUGGAUUCAUCGUUCGAAGUCAACAUAGACCCAACGAUAGAUAUAGGAGAAGAACUAUGCGUUGCAAUGGAUCCAAUUAGUAAUUUCACAGCAGUGAAAUGCAGUGAUAAAUAUUUUAGUUACUGCUUUGUUAGGCCCUAUUCAGACGAAGAAGAUAUUUCUGACAUUGGUUGCGAAGAUAUUCGAGAUGCUGUCAGAUUCUGGAGCCCUGAAUCGACUUGUCUGACAGUUUUGACAGGUGUGGCUGGUGGGCUAGUCAGGGCGACUUGGAAACAAGCUCAGGAUCUUUGCGGUAAACGAGGUAGCUCUCUGAUGUAUCGAGGGUGGAGGUAUUCCAAUAGCCCGAUAUUUCAUGAUGCUGGCUACAAUAAUACGUAUCCCCUGGGUGUGGUGAUGAAUUCAGAAUUUACUUCGCUACGAUAUGAUACAGUGUAUGAUCAAUCUGAGGUGCCAGCAUCAGACUGGAAUUUUAAUGAAACGAGUAACAAUAAUUCAGAUACUCUCCUUGGGGCUCUACGUGACGACUUUUGGUAUCUUGUUAAUGGGUCAUAUAUCUUCUUUGAUGUCAUUUGUGAACGUAGUGUAACCAUCAAGAAACUUAGCAUGAACCUUAAUAUUGAUAUUGAUAACAAGAUUACAUUAACAAUUAAUGAUACCAUUGAUAGUGACAAAGUGUUCUGCUACACCGACUCAAUUCAACGCUAUCCCACAAAAGUUGGAAAACGUAGAAAAGACGACACAAAUACAUUCAUUGUGAAGCCAGAAAAGGAUGGCUAUUACUGGUGCACCCACGUGGACGUUAAACACUAUGAAACAGCUGAAUCAAAUAAGAUUCUAUUUAUACGAGAGAAACAAUCCGUAGUCAACGUAUUUGCAGUAAAAUUGCGUCACCAGAAACGAUUAAAACUGGACGUAAUCGACAAAAUGUCCAAGCUAUGGGAGAUGAAACUGAAAGAAUACAUUUAUUUCCGAAACAAAUAUGAGAGUGUAUUUGGUGAACUUAAUUCUAAUAAAAGCGAGGAGACGUUAAAAAGUUUCAAACUAUCAAAUCCCGGUUUAGAAUGGAAGGACAAAUCUAUUAUUGAGAAGAUCAAAGUGCAGCGAUUGUAUCUUGAUGCCCAAGAUGUUCUCUUGCACGUUGAGCUUAGCCCGAAUAUAUUUGCUGUGUCUCCAGGGGUAUGGGAUGGAUUGGAGAUAAUGUAUAUGAAACCUGUUUAUUACUGUAAAGGGUUUGAUACAGUUCCAACUGUAGCAUUGGGUGAUUCAAUUGCGUCAUUCGGAUGUCGGACCCACACAUGCGUUGGUGACUUCAACGAUGGUGUCCAAUGGGUUACCAGUGCCACUCGAGACUGUUCGACUCCCGUCACUUAUUAUAUUGAUGCCGAAGUAGAGGUUAACACCGAAGUUCACUACGUCAUGCCCACAGCUAAUCCUACACCUGAGACUCUUCGACAUUCCACGGAUAGUUCAUCAGAAUCAACGGAAGACGAGGAUGUUGUUACUAAAGAUGAAAUACUAACUGCCACACCAUCAUUACCACCUGACGAAAUACUAACAGGAACACCGUAUAUAACAACUGAAGGAAUAGCAACCGGGACACCUUUCAUACCAACUGAUCUCACACCACCAAGUCUAUCAACUACACCAGCUCCUCCUAGACCGCCAGAAGAAGUAUUGCAACAAGUGAUGGACGAUUUGAUGAGCCUCACUGAUGAUACUAAUCCAAUUUUCGUUGAAAAUAUUACGACGGUCUUUGAUCAAGUAGACCAUCUUCUAGAAGAUUCAGAUGAUUUGACGAUCCCGAGCCAAAUGUUACAUAUGCUGGACAGACUCGGUUCUACGAUAAAAUUAAAUGGAUCCCAUGUGGCAACUGCCGUGAGAAGCAAUAUUGCUUUGGUGAUGGCUGAUGCUACACCAAAUAAUCCGGUUAGAGGAAUCCGGAUCGCAGCCAGGAGUGAUGACGUGUUUGUGAAUGACGCCUUUCAAGUUAUAAGUGUUGCUCCAAACGAGACAUCUCUCCAAAGAGGUGAUAGUGAGGCUGUGGUGGUUUUACCAGGCUCAGUGUCGGACUCUCAGCGUCGAGUAAGCUUUGUAGUGUUUAGAAAUGACAAAGCCUUCCAGAACACGGACUUGCAUGCCGUUAACAGUCGAGUGCUUAGUAUCAAAGUGGAGAAUGUCACUAAAUUUACUGGUGGAGAGGUUAUCGACAUUCAUCUCAGUCCAAUUUCGUCAAAUAUAAGCAGAAACCAAAGCCGAACUUGCGGUUAUUGGAAUUUCCUUGAUGAUGGAUCUGGGUCCUGGUCUCAAGACGGCUGCACCUUCAUACCUUCCACGGGAAAUGGAGUUUUGGAUACCUGCCGCUGCACACAUCUGACUCACUUUGCGGAAAUUCUCAUACCGAAAGAAGUUUUCAGCGAACGUCACGAGAACAUUCUAGAAAUGAUCACCGUUAUCGGAUGUUGCGUCUCUUUGUUCGGGUUGUCUUUAGUCGCAGUGACCGCCAUCAUGUUCCGCUCCUGGAGACGGGACUUCAGCAACAAAAUUUGGCUCCAACUCUGCAUUGCAAUAUUCCUCAUGGCGCUGACAUUCAUUGUCGUGGUUUUUGCCCGUUUCAGUACUUAUAACAUUCCCUGUAUGCUGAUAGGUGUCGCUUUACAUUACUCUGUGCUGGCAUCCUUCUGUUGGAUGCUAGUAGCAGCCGUUCUGUCAUACCGACGCCUAGUUCUCGUCUUCACUAGGGACGCCUCUCACAAAUUAUUGCGAGCGUCCGUGUUCUCUUGGGGUUUACCUUGUGCCAUCGUCGGGAUCCUUCUUUCAGUUGCCCCGCACUCAUACGCUGGGCGUUUUGAAGAGAAGACUCCCACCGGUGCCUUCUGCUAUCCUUCCGGUGUGAGUUUGUGGGUGACAGUCUACGCACCGAUCUGUGCAGUGAUCUUUGUGAACUGGACGCUAUUUAUCUUGAUAGUCCGCUCUGUGUUCGCAUCGAGAAGAAUCCAACGGCACGGCGACACCAAUGAAGCGUUGCGGUGCGCUUCCGUCAGUUGUUUAUUAGUGUUUUUGUUCGGGUUACCUUGGAUCUUCGGUCUCUUUGCAUCGAAUAUCGUUUCUGCGUAUUUGUUUACGUUGACUGCGUCGUAUCAAGGUUUUAUAUUGUUUAUUUUCUUUGUGGUGGGUAAUAAAAAGACGCGUGAUUUGUGGUUGAACAAGUUAAAGAUAAAACAGACUCGCAAGGUUCCUGUCACCUCGUCUUCUUACUCAAACAGAAGUACGGGAUGGAGGCCAAAUACAAAUACGACUAUUGAAACCAAGGUCUCGAAGCCGAAAUCUCUGUCCACUCCAGAUGACUCGCGGUUCUCUUGACGAAAGUCGCGAAUACCGCCCAAGAGGGGCUGGUACUUGGGCAGCUAUGAUUCCUUCCAAAUAUAACAUUAGUUUCGCCAGCUCUAAGUGUGGUGAGACUGCUCGAUUCUUCUAGUCUUUUAACAGUGGCGGUAACAUUUCUGGAAAUAUGAAUUUAAUUCACAAUCUCAAUUUUAUUGUGUUACCCAUAAUUGGUUUUGUAAUGACUUAUAAGUAUUAGUCGCAAUAAUUGCUUUAUUACGACCGAUGUCUUGCCUUGGAAAAUUCCGUCCGCCGCUGUUUUUGUAAUUAGUGUUCUGCCUUAUUUAUUCUCGAAGGGUUAGUAUAAUAUAAUAUUUAUAACAAAUAUCUUUUAAAAUAUGUUGUAAUUAUUAAGAUGAAAUGUUCCAUUAGUGGUUAGGUGUAGAUGGCGUUUUACCAUUUCCUAUAUAUAUUUUUAUAUAACCUUAAACUUUUGUAAAUAAUCUAGCUUAUAAAUUACAAAAUAUCUAGAGGCUAUGUGGUAGAAAUGUUAAACCAAAUAAUUUUUGACUUGUACGUGUAAAAUAUUUUUAAGACAUAAUUUAUUGUUAAUGCAUUUUGAAGACCACUUGCAAUAAAAUAAUAUGAUA